UGGUAUAGUCUUUAGAAGGAAACGACCUGUGUAACUUAUAAUGUACCAGCUCAGGGGAAGAGACAAGGUUGUACUGAGGAACUCCAUAAAAGUGUACCUGUAGGAGUUUUGGAUUCAAGCUUGUCAACAAGACGGAUCUACUCCUUCAAAAUGUAAAUCUCCUGAUGGAACCCCAGGGGUGUUUUUGAAAGCACAAGGUUCACGUAGGACGUGAGGGAUUGUAACGUCAGAACUCCAGCUUGCGUAUCGUCUCCUACGACAGGAAGACACUGAGGUCGUGACUGUUUAUUACUAGUAGUUGCUGGGUUGUAGCAGCGGACAUCGGCUGUAACCAUGACAACCCAGGCAGCAGCCCCCCCAGUGGUCACCACAAAAGCGCCGGCUACGAACGGAACACUCAUCGAAGGGCUGUUCAAUAAUGCCGUGGAGAAGUUAAAAGAACUGCCUAUUCCAUUCUGGGCAGUGAUAGCGAUCGGUGUGGUUGCAGCCCUGCUCCUUCUGUGCUGUGUGAUCUGCAUCUGUAAGAAAUGCUGCUGCAAGAAGAAGAAACCCAAACAGGGCAAGAAGGGCCUGAAGGACUCGGUCGACCUCCAGGAGGUGAAAAUGCUCGGAAACCAGUACAAGGAAAAGACAGAUGAAGAGGAUGGCUUAAGCUUGACGGACGUGGAAGUAGAAAAGCAGAGCAUUUUGGAGGGCGGAGACGAUUCAGGUUCUGAUGCCUCAUCAGAGUCCAGUGAUGAAGGUGGAGAAAAAAAGAAGAAGAAGAAGAAAAAGAAGGGAUUCUUUGGGAAGCUCCGCAAUCCUGAUUAUUUAGUGUCCAGAGAGAAGGUCCAGCCUGAUAUGGAUGACCUUGACAGUUACGGAGACGAGGACGACGGCACACCCAAACUGGGCCAUCUGCAGUUCUCAUUGGACUAUGACUUCCAGCAGAACCUGAUGAGAGUGGGUGUUUUACAAGCCAAGAAUCUCCCAGGCAUGGACUUCUCGGGGACAUCAGACCCGUACGUCACAGUCAAACUUCUGCCGGACAAGAAGAAAAGGUUUGAGACCAAAGUCCACAGAAAGACCCUCAACCCAACAUUCAACGAGUACUUCAACUUCAAGGACCUGAAGUUUAGCGAACUCUCCAAUAAAAUCAUCCUGUUCCUGGUCUACGAUUUUGAUCGUUUCUCCCGGCACGAUCUGAUCGGCGAGGUGUCCGUUCCGCUGUCGUCUGUCGACCUGGCCCGCGUGGUCGAGGAAUGGCGUGAGAUCCAGCCAGCUCAUGGGGCACAGGAGGGAGACCGUCCUGGUGACAUCUGCUUCUCUCUGAGAUACGUCCCCACAGCAGGGAAGCUCACCAUUGUCAUCCUGGAGGCCAAGAACCUGAAGAAAUGUGAUGUGGGCGGACUCUCAGAUCCCUACGUGAAGAUGCAGCUUUUCAGCAACAACAAGCGGCUGAAGAAGAAGAAGACGACCAUCAAGAAGCGAACCCUGAACCCCUACUACAAUGAGUCCUUCACCUUUGAGGUGCCUUUUGAACAGAUCCAGAGGGUGGAGUUGAAGCUCACUGUCAUGGACUGGGACCGGACCAGUAAGAACGACCCAAUCGGCGAGCUCCGUCUGGGACCCAACGCCACAGGCGCCGAGCUACGACACUGGAGCGACAUGCUGGCCAAUCCGCGCCGACCAAUCGCACAGUGGCACACACUGACGGAGAUCGAAAAAUGAAGCAGUCAUUGAGUCCUCUUAGCCUGGGUGCCAGCCAAUUUGCUACAGAGCACCUUACACUCGCUGGCCCAGAAAAUUGGGGCUAAUGAGUGCAAGGAGCCAUAGCAAAUCGGCUGUUAUCCAGGCUAGAGUUCUCAACACAGUAGGGGUCAUGUCAAAACACCAUUUAUUUU